AUGGCCGAGAAGAUCUUCCUCCCCUCCGAAGGCGCCAGAGGUGGCCCGGACGCCAAGACCGCAACAGCUACUUGCUACUGCGGUGCCGUUCAGAUCGAAGUCGUACGCUAUCUCAUCUCCAUCCCCCCCCCCCCAAAAUCAACACCAGCUAACUCCCUCCUUUCUCUAUCUCUCAACAGCCCACCGAAGGCGAAGGCCUCGUGGAUACGUUCAUAUGCCACUGUUCAGAUUGCCGCAAGGUGACAGCCUCCAUGUUCGCCUCCAACUUCGUCGUCAAAGACACGCACCUGAAACACCUGCGCGGCGAAGCGAAACUCACGAAAUUCAAGCAAUCCGCCACGAUAGCCACGGGCAACAGCAUGGAGAAUUCCUUCUGCAGCGUCUGCGGCACCCUCAUGUACCGCCGCAGCAGCGGGUACCCGGGCAUGAGUAUCCCGCGCAUCGGCACGGUGGAUGAUUUUGCGCUGCAGGAGACGAAAUUCAAGCCGCGGAUUGAGACGUUUGAGAAGGAUCGCGUCGGGUGGUUGCCGGCUAGUAAGGUAUGGAUUGACCUGGCGGAGAGAGUUGGGACGGAAGGCACGGCUGACUUCUUCUCCUUCUCCUUCUGCAGGCCGAAGAGCACUGCGAGGGCGCAUUCUACACCGCCGGCAAACCGUGGAAGAGCAUGCAUGACAAGGCAAGCGGAUAG